CGAGGCUGUUUAUACUAGGUGCGGAGAGAACGCAGGACAGCGGGCCUGGCCGCCAUAAACUUGAAAUGAAGAAGGUGGUCUAAAAGACUAACCCUGGCUGGCCUCACCCAAGAUGCGUCCACUCACACGCUUCAUCUUUCUCAGCAGUCUCUUGAGUCUUGGCGCCAUCGCUACGCAAGUGGCCAAUUUCAACGUCUCCCAUGAAGCUGCCGAGGCACACGACUGCGGUGCCGCAUGCCAGAAACGCCUCACUCUCACCAUCCCUGCUGACGUCGCCGCUGUGGGCCGCGACUUUGACGUUAACUUCUAUGCCACUGCGGGUAACUUCUCCCGGGCGUCUUCAAAGCCCGGAGACGCGCUCAAACUCGAAGCGGUUAACCCCGAAACACUCUCCAUUGACGGCGGCGCGACCGUGUAUCGCUUCCAGUACGUCUCUCUCGACUCCGACGGCUCCGUCGUGCCCGUCACGGGCUUCAUCGCAUUUCCAUUUACGCCCCACCUAUCAGCCUCCAACAACGGCGCGGGGUCGAAAAGGUAUAGACUGGCCGCUUUUGCGCACGGCACGGUUGGUAUUUUUCCAGGCUGCGUGCCGUCGAAUGGCCCCGCACUCUACGACUACGGCACCUGGCAGCCCGUGCUGCAGCGCGGCUAUGCAAUUAUCGCGACCGACUAUGCGGGCCUGGGCAACGAUGAGACGGCGCACAAGUACGCAUACCUGCCUGUUCACGCAAGCGACGUGUACUAUUCAGUUGUGGCGGCGCGGAAGCUCUUUGGUGAGUUCUUGACGGAGGAGUGGGUGAGUUUUGGGCACUCGCAGGGCGGGGGCGCGGUGUGGAAGCUCGCGGAGAGUGAAUACGUACGCAACGAUACUUCGUAUCUUGGCACGGUGGCCGUUGCUCCAGCUACAUAUGUUGCGAGCCAAAUUUUUGACUCAUUUCUCGACACCGUCACUGGUGGAAUCAACGGCAGUAGCAGUAGCACGGCCGCUGGCGUGGGCUUCCUCCCACUACUUCCCACGGCCGUGCAGCGCAUCAUCCCCUCCUACAACGCGAGCAUCCUUGCGCCAACCCUGCGCAAACGUGUAUCCAUGGUCGAGAAUGCACAGCUCUGUCUCGAAGCCGUGCUCGGUUUAACCCUCGACCUCAACACAUCGCAAAUUGCCUCAAUCGAGGGUGCGCUACGCGACCGUCCCACGUUGAUGAAAUGGCAGAACAUGUCCGCCCCGGCACAGGGCGAUGCCUCCCCGGCGCCAAUACUAGUGAUUCAAGGACAGCAGGAUACGGCAGUAAGAUGGAAGACGACAGUGGACGCGUGGGAGCACGCGUGCGCGGCGGGCAACGAGGUCCAUCUGCGGUUGUUCCCGACGCAGGGCCACAGACCGAGUUUGUCGGCAGGCGCGCCGGAGUGGUUGGCAUGGCUGGACCAGCUAUUCGACAAGAAAGCAGCGGCUACUGCUGCCUCAGGAGCGUACAAGGCACCGGUGAAGAAAAACUGCACCAAGUUUACACGAGAGCCGCUUAAUAUUGAGUACGUGCGGGCACCGACGGAUGUAGAUCUGAAGCCGUACUUGGGGCCCCUGAGCAAUUUCAUGUAAUUGAACUAUAACGUAACGUUGGUUAAAAAGACUAGGCUUAUUAAGCCCAGUCUUCUCAAUCAAUGAACCUUUCACAUAGAAGUUCCCACUUCUGGAUCCCCC